AUGUCUUUAGGAUAAACAAAUUAAAUAUUAUUUACAAUCAAAGAAGAUGAAGGAGAGAACAUUUCUCUAAUUUAACUUUAAAAUAAAAAUGAUUCAAACAGUUAAUCAUCUUAGCCUUUUUCUGAAAUUGAUUAAACUAUUAAUGAUCUUUAGUGCUGCUAAAGUUAAGGAAAUUUAUUGAUUCAAGAUGAUGAUGCUUAUUGUUAAUAAAUGAAAGUUGAUAAAUCUGCUUAAACAAGUGAUUAGCUUCAUAAAUUGACUAGCUCAGCUAGUAUUAUAACUACUAAGAAAAUUUCACCCAACUAAGACCCUAAAAAGUAAACUUAAAUCUGCAUAGCAGACAAUUCAAGAGUUUCACUAAAUAUUUUCACUUAAGUUUUUAAUAAAAUUAAAUAAUACACAAAAAAUUGUAUUGAUCUUUUUAUGUGGGAGAGAAAGUACUCAAGCUUUGGAAAAUAUAGUUUUUAGUUUUUAUUUGAUGGAAUAUCAAUUUACUUCUUAAACAAAAAAGCUUAAGAAUUUAAGAGCCAAUUAAAUGAAUGUAAAAAAGAAGAAGAAAUAGUUAAAAAAAACUCAGAGGAAAUUAAUAAAGAUACUUAAUCUCUUUUCAUUAAAUCUUAAAUUGGGGAAAAUGUAUUAGUUAAAGGAAAAAUUAUAAACUAACUUGCCAUAGAACGAAUUAAUAAUAUUCAUAUAAAUGAUUAAGAGCAAAAGAAAAUGAGUUCUUUUACAAUCUACGGAUAUUCUUUUAGCAAUUUACCUGCUUAAUUUGAUUAAAAUCUUUGCUUUAAUUAACAGGAUCUCCCAUUAAAUUAACCUUACAAAAUAAAUUUAUUGGCAAAAUUAGCAGCAACAGCACUUAGUAGAUACAUUUACAAGUCUAAAUUAUCUUUAGAAAAUGGUAGCUUCGAUUCUUAGAUUUUCUACUAUUUCUAUGGAAAAAAGGAUUUCUUAACAAAUGGAUAAUUAGGACUAAAAAUAUCUUCAAUAUUUAAAGAAUUCAACUUUUUAUAGUUCAAAAUAGAUCAAAAAGCCUUAAUUUUAUCAAUCCUUAUUACUUAUGGAAUCUCAAUUUAUUUUGCCUUCAAAUUUGUUAAAAACGUAUUUGCAAUUCCUAAAAAAAUACCCUAAGGUACUGCCUUUUUCAAGGUUACAUACACUAAUUAUAACAAGUUAUAUUAUAUAUCUAAAAUUUCAGUGAAAAGACUUGAAAUGAAAAAGGCAGUACCCUAGGACAAUAUUCAAAUUAUUGCAUUGAUUAAUUAACCAACUAUGGAAAAUAAGAGUUAGAGCAAUAGCGAGAUUGAAGAUAAAAAAAAUCUAAAUCUAUAAAGGGAAGCUAAAUAUACCUUAUUAAACGAUGUUAGUAAUAUUGAUGAAGAAUAGAAGCUAUUGCAAUCAUUAAAUAAUCCUACUUUGUGUUAAGAUAAUCUCUCAAAAGCAUCAUCUUAAUGUGAUUAGUCAAUAGAACUUAUUGCUUCUAAUUUGCUAGAUUCUAAAGUCACUAACUAAGAAAAUCAAUAAAAUAUUUAGAGUUAGUAACUUUAAAGUGUAAAUAAAUAUGAUUCUUCUGAAAUUGUAGACACUGUGAAAGAAUAUGUUAAUUCUUUUGUAGAUUUGUUUAAGUGGAAUAGAGAAUAUGAUAGCUUCUACUAAUUAUACUUUUAAAUCGGUUUCGAUAGUCUGCUUGCCUUCUACUUUUAUAAAAAUUAAAAAAAACUCAAUAAAUAAAGAGAUAAUUUGAAAUAAGAAUAAAAAAUAGUUAAUGAUAUGGCAUAAAGACUAUAAAAUGAUCCUUUAUGUUUAUUUCAUGGGUCUAAACUUAGAGAGAAUACGCUCAUUUUAAUAGGAAACAGUGAAUCAUAAAAAAUAGAAAAAAAUAAAAGAAAUUAAAUCUUCACUUUAAGAACCUAAAAUGGCUAUUUGGAUGCUGAAGUUGACAAAGAUUUUAAAUACUUGGACAAUGCUUUUUUUUUUGAAGCUGCAAAAGAUAUGGGUUUAUUAACUAAAUUAACUGCUUCUACUAUUUCCUUUGUAAGUGGGAAGCUUUUUAAGUUUAAAAUUUCUUUCCAUACUAAUAAAGAGCUUAUUACAUAUUAUUUAUUUGGAAAGAAAGAUAGACUUAGCGAUGGUAGUAUUGGAUUAUGCAUAAAAUAAUAAAUUUAAGAUUUAAAUUUAAGUCAUUAUUAAGUGGCAUAUUUGAUUUCUAUUCUAGUUGCCUCUGGCUUCUGUCUUUACUUUUCAGCGAAAAUUGCUAAGAAUAUCAUUUAUUUGGCAAAGAAAAAGAAAUUAUUUAGAAAGAAAAAAUGA